AUGACGUCAGCCACUGCCAACACCAGUUAUGUCCAGGUCCCCACCCCCACAGGACUGCUACAUCCGGUGCUGUUAGACUUCUUCCUGGCAUUCAACCUCGCAAUCUGUUCUGAGAUUUUAGGAAUAUUCGGCAUCAUCUCCAACAUCAUCAACAUCAUCAUCUUCACCAAACAAGGAUUUGACGACACCGUUAACAUCACUCUGGUUGCCAUGGCGAUCAGCAACAUCGGGGCGUUGGUCACUCUACAGGUUUUUAACAUUAUGGUCAACCCGUGGUUUAUGAAAGCUGAUUUGUCUUUCAUCGCUACAGACAUAGCCUCAUUCGUCUCCUUCUACCCCCACAACUACUUCAUCCGUGUGUGUGGGUUCAUCACGGCCUUCGCCAGUCUAGAAAGGUGUCUGUGUGUGGUGUUUCCCUUCACGUUUAAACGCUUCAUCACCAAACACGUCGUCCUUGGCUUCAACAUCUCCAUAUAUUUUAUUUCAAUAUUAAAUGUUUUCCCUGUCUACUACAUGGCUUACCUCGACUGGAGAUUUGUAGUUACCUUAAAUAAAACACUGUUAGGCGUCAACUUCAGGAGUAACCCUGACAGUGUGUUUGGAAUUUCGUAUUUUAUCACCGACCUAUUCGUGCCGUAUUUUACUUUUUUCGUCAUUAUCACAUGUACUUUGAUAACUGGAAUAAAACUAAAAGGAAGUGCCAAAUGGAAAAAGUCGGCUACAAGGAUAGCCAAUAUACAUACAAGAGACGUUAGUAAAAAAGAAACAAAGAUUGUCCGAAUGCUUUCAACUGUCUCCGCUAUAUUUGUCGUUUGUUUAAUCCCGCAGUCGGCCAUCUUGACAGCCGUUGGGUUAGUCCGUGGCCUGAGUAUCCGAGGCACGUAUUUCGAUGUGGCUCUGUUAAUCUACAGCAUAGCUUUCGUCAUGGAGACCUUCAACUCAAGCAUCAACAUUUUUAUCUAUUACAACAUGAGCACGAAAUACAAAACAACGUUCUUGGAAACAAUAAAAACAGUCAAGCUGAAAUGGGCAUACAGCGAUCAGAUUUAA